CUCGCGAAGAAACACGAUCACCCGCCGCCCCCGGAGAUGGUCCUGAAGCACUGCGACACCAUGAAACCCGAGGAUUUCAUCGCCCGCCAGCUGCGGUGGACGCGGGAUCCCAUGCAGAUGCGGCGGUACAACGAGGAGCGCGUCGAGAUCUUCGAGGAUAUCGUGAAAGAGAGCGGCGCCGUCGACGAACUUCAGCCCGGCGUCGAGCGAUUCCUGGAGCUGCUCCAGCGCGCCAACGUGCCGAUGGCGGUCAUGGACGGCAAGAAGCGGUUCUCCCAGCUGUGCGUCACGCUCGAUGACCUGGGGGUGGCGCGGUACUUCGAAAACUCGGACUCGCCCACCGGAGAGCCCAACGUGGUGUCGGGCGAGGACGUCAGCGACUGGCUUCCCGAUCCCCUACCCAUCGAGCGCGCGUGCACCGCGAUGGGUCGGACCACGAAGCGGUGCGUCGUGUUCGGGAACAACACGACCGUGACGGAGGCGUGCAUGGAGUGCGGCGCCAAGAGCGUGCUCCUCCUCGGCAGGCAGCCGCGGUACGAGCUGCAGGGGGCGGACACGGUGGUGGAGCGGCUCACGGAUCUGUCCAUCGAGAAUCUCAAGCGUCUGUUUACCGAGGAGACGAGCGACGCGGCGGAGCCAGAGCGCGAGAAGGUGGAGAUAUUCCCGUCCAAGUUUACCGCCCCGGUCGUCGCGGAGAGGCCGCGGUGGGAACCCGAGGCGAAAAGCGACGACGCGGGCGGAAAGGAGCCGCCGGAUUACCUGAGGCGGCGGCGCCGGCGGCCGGACAACUGAGACGUUGCGUCCGUCGUUUCGUUUGCGUUUGACGUCGAGCCCCGCCGCGCGCCGACCGACCGGCGCUGCGCACUGUACCACCACCACCACCGUUGCCGAGACAUCCGCCGCCGCGGACGACACGCGUCGCCGAAAGCGGGCGUCGCCGAGUGUAUGACCAGUUACAACCGUUUGCUUCUCUUACGAAUAUUGAAAUUACGCAUUUUUUCGUCGAUCAUC